AUGGACAACGGAAGACUGUUCAAGUUUUCGGCAUUUAAAUUGCCCAAUUCGGCGACGGUGAGGGCCGUCGGUGUGUAUCUGUCGGGUGCCCUAUAUGCUAUUGGAUUCUGGGUUAUGGUGGAUGCGGCCAUUUACUCUAAGUCAGUGAAUGCAUCCGUGGUCCACGUGACGUUCAUCGACUGGAUCCCUGCCAUCUGCUCUUCAUUUGGAAUGCUCAUAGUCAACUCAAUCGAGAAGUCCAGACUGCUCAGUAGCGAAGGUGGUUUCGGGUCCAGCUCGACAACGUGGCAGGCACGACUCGUUUUGUUUCUCGGCUUCUCUUUGUUGGCCAUUGGAAUCAGCGGCUCGUUUUUGGUGUUGAUUUUGAAGUUCCUGGUCAAAAAUUUCACCUCGUUCCCCACGGUGGGCAUGGGUGUCUCCAACGUGGUAAGCAACGCGUGCAUCAUGUUGAGUUGUAUCACGUUGUGGAUAGUCCAGAAUCUGGAGGAUGACUACAGUUACUCGCUGGCACUAUGA